AUGAAAGCCUUGGUCUCUACACGCAAUAUCGUCAACCGAGUUAUCAACUUGAGUUUGGGCAAAUCAAUUGGACUGGGAGCUGAAGUCAAAAAUGUUGCUAUUCCUACAAUCUCAAACCUGGAAAUUCUCGUGAAAGUCCACGUCGUCGCGCUCAACCCCACAGACUUCAAACACAUCGAUAUUAUCUCCCCUCCGAACAGUAUUUGUGGCUGCGACUAUGCUGGCGAGGUAGUCGAGGUAGGGAAGAAUGCACCGGGAGGAUGGAAAGUGGGUGACCGGGUUGCAGGCUGUGUGCAUGGGGGGCUUUAUCCCGACAGCGGCUCCUUCGCCGAGUAUUUGAAGGUUGACGGUGACCUUGCCUGGAAGAUCCCAGAGGGCCUUCGUGACGAAGAAGCGGCGACAUAUGGCAUAUCAGCAGUCACGGCAAUGCUGGCGCUCAAUGUCCGCCUUGGCAUUCGAAAUGACGAUGACUCCGCCCCGGGUAGCGUCAAACAGUUCAAAUCGCCGGCAAAAGGGUCCGCUAUACUUAUCUAUGCUGCCUCGACCAGUGCCGGCCUUUUUGCUGUACAGAUGGCUAGCAGGGCUGGAUACACAGUUGUUGCGACUGCAUCGCCGCAUUCUUUCGACCUUGUUACAAAGUACGGUGCGGACAGGGUCUUCGAUUACCGCGCGGCAACCGCGAUCAUGGAUAUCACUACUGCUUUCCCUGGCAUCAAAUAUGCCAUGGAUUGCUUCUCUGAGGGCGGUUCGUCCGACUUUUGUGCGAAGGUGAUUGGAAAUAAUGGCGGCAAGGUCAUUACACUGCUUGAUACAGGAAAGUCGAAAGUUCAAGGUGUUGAGAAUGAUAUGAUUCUGGCCUACACCUUAUUUGGCCGCCCAUUCGCCUGGCUUCCGCCCAUUGGUCCCAGUUUGCCAGCUAUGCCGCAAGAUCGAGAGGCUCUGGUUUCCUUCUACAGAGGUCUAGCGUCCAACGCAAAACAUCUAAGACCUCCUCCAAUAACCGUAGCUGAUGGUGGGUUUGACAGUAUUCUGGACGGUCUGCAAAAGCUUCGACAAAAGCAAGUUUCAGGCAGAAAGAUAGUUGUGAAGCUUUAUUAG